CAGAUGGAUGAAACAUUGUUAUCAAAGGCGGCUGUUUAUCCUGAAUCAGAAGAUUUUGAUGGACCCACUGUGAAGGGCUAUGAUUUCUCCCAAAGUUCAGUUGAUUAUGAUGCUCUAUUUGAAUCAUACAGAACUAUGGGGUUUCAAGCUACAAAUUUUGCAGCCGCUGUAGAUAUGAUAAACGAAAUGCUGGCUGCAAAAUCAUGUCCAUUUGAGGGGUUUAAAAUGCCUGAUGUCAGACAAGAAUCUGGUUGUACUAUAUUUUUAGGAUUCACUAGUAAUAUGAUCAGCAGUGGUGUCCGGGAAAACAUAAAGUUCCUUGUGAAAGAAAACUUGGUAGAUGUCCUUGUUACAACGUGUGGUGCUAUUGAAGAAGACAUUAUGAAAUGUUUUGCUCCUCAUCAAAUUGGAAGGUUUGAUUAUGAUGGCAAAACUUUGCGUUCUAAAGGCUUAAACCGUAUCGGCAAUUUGAUUGUCCCAUCCAAAAACUAUGAGCUCUUUGAAGAAUUUAAUGCAAUCCUUAAUUUUAUGCUUGAUGAACAGAUUGAAAAAGGAGAGAUAUGGAGCAGUAAAAUGACUACUCUAAUGGGGAGCGCAUUCAACAACGAAGACUGUGUACUGUAUGGCAUGGAAAAAAACAAAAUUCCGGUCUUCUGUCCUGCUAUAAUUGACGGAGCAGUUGGUGAUGUCAUGUAUUUUCACUCUUAUAACAGAGAAGGACUUAUAAUGGAUCUCACUCAAGACAUCAGAGCUAUAAACAGGACUGCUGUCGGUGCUCAAAAGAGUGGUAUGAUAAUAUUGGGAGGUGGCGUUAUAAAACAUCACAUAGCUAAUGCUAAUUUAAUGAGAAAUGGUACAGAUUUUUCAGUUUACAUAAAUACUGCUCAGCCUUUUGACGGUUCUGAUUCUGGUGCUACUCCAGAUGAAGCAGUUUCUUGGGGUAAAAUUAAACAUGGAUGUAAAGAACCUGUUAAAAUAUAUUGUGAAGCAACACUUGUAUUUCCUUUAAUUGUAGCACAAACAUUUGCUAAAUAUCAUCAAAAACGGUUGGAAAAGAGUAAAACCACCAAUGAAUGAGCUAUUUAUUAUAUUUUUUUUUUUUUUCAAAACCCCUGUUAGGUUUUUUUAAUGGUUUGCUUUUAG